GAAAAAAACGCAGUUGCAAUUUGGGACAAGAAUACCAGACUUUAGGAAACGACCUCCCAUUUACCGGUAGAGGAGAAAACAUCACUAGUUUGACUACCUUUUUCGUUGGCCUUAUAUAAAGCUGAUGACCGUCUCGAGAAAGCAUCAUUCUUCUUACAACAAUCCAAUCAACAUGAAGUUUGUCCGAUUAGCUUUGGUCUUUCUUGCUUUCGUCGUGCUCGCCCUCGCAGCCCCACCGAGCAGACAGAACAAGCCAUUCCGUCCAAUUCCGAGGAUUCACAGACAGACGGAGGAUGAAACUACAACAUUCAAGACGUACCAGCCAAAGUACAACCCUUUCAGAUCAUCUGUUUUGCGGUCUUCGUUGAAUUCAGGGAUUAGGAAGAAUGCUACCCUGCCAAUGCGUUCGGAAUUUCGUUUUCGACAAGCUUCCAUGCGAAAAGAGCUCGCUGUUGGCCGCACCAAUAACUCUGCUCCUGUUGAAGAACCUGUUACCUCCUCUACCGAUGCAACCUUCUCCUGGUCAACUAAUCCAGAAUUGCCAUCCGCUUUUGCUGAACUAGAAUCCUCUUCUCCAUCAUCGAUUUCUGAAACCUCAACAUCAUCGUUUUCAGAAACUAUGUCUUCUCCUUUACCAACUGUCUCCUUUUCCCAAUCGUACGUAACGUCCAAACCCCCUGUAUCUACAACACCUAAACCUUCCAGCUCUUCACUCACUUCUAAUUCUAUUCCUAAUGCACCCGUUCUUCUACGACCUUUAACCUUUUUAAAACCAGAAUCUCUCAAGUUAUCUUCGGAUUCAUCUUUCAGACCUGUUUCCUCGCUUGAAUCCAUUCCUUCUAGUACCCCAAAGUCCUCGCUUUCUUCACUACCUCGAACGAAUACCCUUGACCCAUCUUCUCGCAUUCCCAAAGCCAUCGAAUCUAGUCCCAAUCGCCCACCUUCAAUAACAACACAAACCUCGGCUUCUUCCGCAUCCUACUCUGUUUCAACACCUUUGCGCAGUGCCAAGAGUUUGCCUUCUCCUCAAAUUGCCGGAGCAUCGAUUGUUCCAGUAUCCACGAAUUAUGAACCAAGACCAAAAGUUUCGCCAGUAACUUCAACCUCAUUGGUUCCAUCGCCUCCGAGGAGCCCGAAAUCCGCUACUGUUCAAGGAGGAUCAACUGGCUAUACGAAUGGCGUACCUACCAGUUACAGUUUCGCUUAUAAGGUUAGCGAUCCAGCAAUGAAGCAAGAUUUUGGUCACAGUGAGAAACGUGUUGGAGAUAACACUAAAGGAAGGUACGACGUCCUGUUGCCUGAUGGUCGUCGACAGGUUGUCGAUUACCAAGUCCUCGGCGAUCGUGGAUACGUCGCUGACGUGACAUACCAGAGCAGAUAAAUUCAAUCUGCCUUUAUUAUAGUUGUUUUAAAAGACGAAAUCAGGAAUAUCCUGACUAAAUGAUGAAAACUCGUCAUUGAGCCAAAUCAUUUUGGCUUAAGAUCAAACUUAGUCUAUGAGCAUUCUACUUUGUUUUUGUCUAGCUUCACACAUUCCAAGUUGAUCUUCGAAUGUGCAUUUUAGUCUUGUUGAAUAUAUGAUUGUUAUUCAUGAAAA